UUGCACCUCUUGCUGGCCGUACUGUUUUUUCUGGCAACGAGUGCGAGCGAUGAUGACCACUCACUGCACAAGCAUCAGGUCAGUACGGCUCAGUGUGGAGAAUACAGCAAUCAGGUCCUGGAGGAUGGCAUGUGUCGACUCAUGGCCACGCUACCCCAGCUGGACGACCAACGCUGCCCGGACAUGUUCCGCUGUACGGAUGAAGUGUCAUACUGGCUUCAUGAGAACGAGGAACGCAAACAGCAGAUUCUGGCCCUGCGGGAAACAGUGUCCGAACUUCAGGAGGAGCUUCGCAACCACCGUCAUCGAGUCAAAGUCUUAGAACUACAGAGUGAAGAGAAGAACCACAGUAAUUCAUCUAUUGAGCAGCGCUUGCAUGAGCUGGAGGAUCAUUACGCAGAGGCCACAACCUUGUUGCACAUCCAGGGCUCAUUGAUCUAUGACCUCCAGGCCCAGAUUCAGAACCUCUCCCUGCUGGUGGAAAAAGUCAGACGUAACCCGGGCUGCAUGAUCAACAUUGUCCGCACCAGCCCAAUGCUCAGUGCACAGGAAGCCCUGCAUCCUGAGGUGCAGCAUGUCAGGAACUGCCCCAUCGACUGUGCCUCCAUCUACUAUAACGGAGUGCGGCGCUCUGGGAUCUACACCGUGGUGCCCUCACUAGGGGCCAUGCCUGUUGAAGUCUACUGCGAUAUGGACACGGACGGUGGCGGCUGGACUGUGAUCCAGCGCAGGCAAGAUGGCUCCGUGAACUUUGACCGUAGCUGGAAGGAGUAUAAAGAGGGAUUUGGAGACCUGCACACCGAAUACUGGCUGGGAAAUGAACACAUCCAUGACCUGAGCGGUCAGGGAAACUAUACGCUCCGUAUCGACCUGGAGGACUGGAGCGGGAAACACAAACACGCUGUUUAUCAGAGUUUCAGUGUGGAGGCCGAGAGCACUCAGUACCGUCUACAUGUGUCGGGCUUCAGCGGGACAGUGGAGGACUCCUUCAGCUGGUACCAUGACAAGCAGAGCUUCAGCACACCCGACACGGGCAACAUCUGUGCCGAGAUCUCCCACGCUGGCUGGUGGUACAACCAGUGUUUCUACGCAAACCUCAAUGGCAUCUACUACAAGGGCGGCCACUACUCGCUGAAGGGGAAGAACCCUCUUGGUCCGGACGGUAUCGUGUGGUACACCUGGAAAGAUUCAGAUUACUACUCUCUGAGGAAGGUCAGCAUGAUGAUCCGACCCAGAACCUUCCGACAGCAUCUGUCACCCUGAAUCAGGCCCAACCGAUGAGCUUGGGCCCGUACGUCAACCAGCCAAUCACAGUUCUCAUAGCCACAGCGACACAGGACGGAUGUAUUCUUCCAUGGUGAAACAGAGGAAAAUCUGUGUAUGGACUGAAGGUUUUCAAGAAGGCUGUGAAACCAUAUUUUAGGUUUAUACCAAAGACAAGAGAAGGACUGCUCCUGAGACAGUGAAAACGAUAAUUGAAAGUCAGUGUUUGCCAUUCAGUGAGUCUAAAGUGUUACAUGCCUAUAUUUUCUAUACCCAUGGUUUUAAGAAUUAAAUAUUUUGUUGACUUAUUUUAUAAAUGUGCAUUAAAAGUAGAUUUAGUUUCUGUAGCAUACAAUGGGACCAAAGAUUUUUUUUUUUUCUUCUUCUCCAAAGCCCUAAAUAGCAACAAAUAUCCCACAGAACUUUCUUAAACGCCUGUUUGCCACUAUCUCCUGAUCAACAUUUAUUUGAAAUAAUCUUUUGUAUUAUAAAUGUCUGUACUGUCACUUUUGAUCAAAUUAAAUUAACAUGUACAUAAAAAUAUUUUACUGACCCCGGUAUUAUAUAAUUUUAUUGAAUAGAAAUUUGUAAAUAUAAAAAUAUUUCUUUGAAUUAUGUAUUUCUUGAGAUUAUGUAGAAUCCCUGACGUCAUCACAAAAACUUUGAGAGAAAAAAAUACUUGAGUUUAGAGAUUUUUUUUUUUUUGUAAACGUUAAAUAAGUGGUUAACUGGUAAAAAUAUGUAAAAGGGUAGUAUUUGGGGUAAAAAGCCCCCUAAUUAAGGGGGCUCAUAAGCCUCACAAAACAGCCAAAAACCGAAGCCAAAAACACUGUGGCACAAUAAAAUUUUCAUUUGUGAAAUAUGCCUGUGAUAAUAUUGUAGGUUCAUGAUGUACAGUACUGUGUUGAACUGGUCAUUUUAAAUUUGUUCUUAUUUCUGCAUAUUACACACUUACCUGCAAAUGAUUUUUGGGUAACACUUUAUUUUAAGGUGUCCUUGUUACAUGUUACAUGUACUUACUAUUAUAAUAAUAAAUUAUGCAUAAUUACAUUCAAGUAACCCUAAGCCAAACCCCAAUCUUUUAAGUACAUGUAGUUAAUUAAUAUUACUCAGUACUGAAAUGUACAUUUACACUGUAACGAGGACACCUUAAAAUAAAGUGCAAGCGAUUUCUGUUAUAUUAUGAAACGUAUAAACCACAAAAUCACACAAAACAUUGGUCUUAUUGGUGUGGAAAGCACAUUGAGACAUAAAACAACACAUCUUUUGACACUUCCUCAUUCAUAUUGACCAUAAACACAACGCUGACUCACCGUUCUCCAUUUCGAAACCUCGAGAGCCAAUUUCACUG